AUGAUGUCCUACAUAAAGCAGCCCCACUAUGCUGUGAACGGGUUAACACUGUCCGCCUCAGGAAUGGACCUGCUCCACACUGCUGUCGGCUACCCAGCCACUCCGAGGAAGCAGCGUCGGGAGCGCACAACCUUCACACGCACCCAGCUGGACAUCCUAGAAGCCCUGUUUACCAAAACUCGGUACCCAGACAUAUUUAUGAGAGAAGAGGUGGCCCUGAAAAUAAACCUUCCCGAGUCCAGAGUUCAGGUGUGGUUUAAGAACCGUCGUGCUAAAUGCCGCCAACAGCAACAGCAAACCAACGGUCAGCCCAAGCCCCGUCCCCCCAAAAAGAAGUCAUCCCCACCCUCUGAGCUGACUUCUGACCCUGGCACCAGCUCUUCGGUGGCAGCUGCCCCUGCCCCAGCCGUGCCCCCUAGUGUUAGCGUUGGCAAUGCACCAGUGUCUGUUUGGAGUCCUACAUCUCUAUCCCCCCUUUCUGAUCCAUUAUGUGGCUCCAGCACACCCUGUGUGCAGCGCCCAGCUCCGUACCCCAUGAGCUACGGUCAGCCUACCACUUAUACUCAGGCCUAUAGCUCUUCUCCCUACUUCAGUGGCCUGGAUUGUAGUCCAUACCUCUCUCCCAUGACCACUCAGCUGUCAGCCAGUGGGGGUGCUCUCUCUCCCCUUACUGUGCCCUCCAUGGGCGGCUCCCUCAGCCAGUCUCCCUCCCUCUCCUCCCAAGGAUACGGCUCCACUUCGCUGGGUUUCAGUUCCAUAGAUUGUCUGGAUUACAAGGACCAGCAGGCCUGGAAACUAAACUUCAGCACUGUAGACUGCCUCGAUCAUAAAUUCCAGGUGCUGUAGGAGAGAAAGUGAAGAAAACGUGGGAGGAAAAGAGAAAUUGAAGAAAAGUACAGGGAGGAAGGAGGGUAAAGGAAAAAGGACUAUUGCUUUAAAUGCUGAAGACAUUGUGAUGUUGAAAAGGAUGGAAUUAGCGGGACUGAGGUAUGACCUCAGAGGGAAUAAAAGGUGCACAUUUCGAAAUAGAUAAAUUCUGUUUCUUAAUAAUCCAGAUCUGCUCUGUGAUUGGUUGAGAGGGAUGGGAAUUUCCAAGUCUAAUGAUC